CAGAGCAACAGAUGUAACCCACGCCCAUUCAAGAGAGUGGAACAAACACAGUGCAUGGCUCUCCAACCACUAUCGCCAAACCGUCAGCCAAAUAGUUGUAAAAAUACAUCGAGGAAAGAGUCUAAAGGAAACAUAUUGUUCACUAAAUCCUGGAAUUGACUUCAGAUACAAUAUUGGCCAGUAACAAUGGCGAUGGCACCUGAAUCAACUACUGGUUCCUACAUAGUUAGGACGAAUGGACUCCGGACACAAUUCAACAGUAUGGAAGAUACAGAUUCAUCUGCCUUUAUGAGUGGAACAACCUCAGCCACGUUUAUGGUGCAUGAUGACAACGAGGCAGGCGAAUCCUUUGUGGCCAUUCUCGGAGGGGUCAUUGCUGCAGCGAUCCUGGCCCUGCUGUGUCUGGUGUUGCUGGCACUGUGGUACACGUUCAAACAUAAGGGCACAUACAUCACCAACGAGUGCGGUGAUCUGGUCGACACGGAUGACAGCGCAUCUCAGCGAGGGGAGCUUCUUCUAGAGACUGUGGACGAGAAAGAUUAAGAGGAAGGCUUCUUUGGCUGAAAACAGGACUUGGUUUGAAACAAGGCAAUUUUUUCCUUAAUAUUCCAGAUAUUGGUUAACAAAGAAAGAAUUGUCCAUGAUACAUGCAGGCCUUUCGAACCUCCCAGUAGUGGGACUGAUUUCAGUGUUCCUCUUACUGGUAAUGGUCCACCAAAUUGGUAACAUUUCCUACUAUAUCACAUCAACACAAAUUUGUAGAACAAUCAUUUGAGGAUCCAUCUUGCUUCUAACAGAAGAUCUAUACAUCAAGCAAGGCCAUGCGAUGGGUUCUUUUGUUCCACUGUAUAUAAUCCAUUCUUGCUUUUAUCUUUCCAUAUAUCCUGUUUUUAAGUGAGCUAAUCCUGCCUUUUUGGUUAUACUAUAGCACUUUCAUGAGCCAUUAACAUUCAAUAAAUGUGAAUCACUUGCACUUAUAGUAGAAUAAUAAAAUCAAUGUCAGAUUGUAGAGGUUUCUAAAAAGCGUAAAUGCAGGCAAUAUUAACGCCAAAGAUGCUGAAGCUGAAAAAUUAACAAGCAUAACAUUUUCAUAUUUCUUUUAGAUAUAUAAACAGUGGCUCUUAAAAGUAAUCACCCGCAUUGAACUUUUCCAAAUAUUAUUGUGUCACAGCAUUAAUUCAAAAUGGAUUUAGUAAGCGGUUAUUGAAAACGGUCAACACAAAAAAUUGCGAUAAUGUCAAAGUAGUUUUUUAAAAAUAAAAUUCUAAAUUAAUUGCAAAAUAUAAAACAGGAAAUAAUUGAUUAUAAAUCCAUUCGCCCACUAUGCUAUGACACACCUGAAUGAUCUGUGAUGUCACCAUUUAUCUUUAGAAGUCACGUCAUUUGGUGAAUGAAGUACCCCAGUUUGCAAUCAAGGAGUUUAACAUGAGUUCAGGUUAAAAACAACUGUCUCUGGGAGGACCUACAGUUGGUUAAUACAAUUCCUAACAAACACAACAUCAUGAAGACAAAGGAACAUUGAAAGAUCAGGAAUAAUGUUCUUCAAAAUAUCUAAGAACAUUACCAGGGAACUGUAAAGGACAUUAAUAAGAAUUGGAGAGAAAAUGGCACAGCUGUGAAUCUGUCCAGAACAGACCGUCCUUUAAAAAUCUGAGCAUUUGGAAGAGUCACUAGUCAGGGAAUCCACCAAUAGGCCUAUAGCAACUCCAAAGGACUCAGUCUUCCACGGCAGAGAUCCCGGGAGACCCUGUCCGUGGUGUUGGCAGCAUCGUGCUAUGUGGAUGUUCUUUUAUCUUCCAGCAGGACAAUGACCCCCAACAAACAGCCAAAGCCACACUGGAGUGGCUCAAAACAAAAAGGUCAAA